AGUUGCCUGACGGAUGCAGCGCGUCUGUUUUCCUCAAUUGCCUGCAGCCACCCACGUCCUCUGACCAAUAGACGCCGAGAUGACAACGCAAUAACGCAAUAAAAUCGCUGUCAGCGUAGUCAGAAAGACAACAAGCGCUAAACUGCAUGGAGCGGUUUCGGUGUUCCUAAAUAUAAAAACGAUCUUACGGACGCCUGAAAGUGGUGGUCAUGGCAGUCCAGGAGGCUCAGAUUCGGGACAGUCCACUCUACCCCUAUGCCAGCACUAUCGUCGUAGCUGUCACUGUCUUCUGUGUUGUUAACUACUUGUUCCGUGAAUUGAAAUGGAGGCAAAAUUUAGUCAACAUUCCUCCAGGUCCAAAACCGUGGCCUUUUGUUGGCAACUGUGGGGAAUUUAUCGCUUCGUGUUUAGUUUCAAAGAUGCUAAGAAAAGACAGCGGUGGACAUUUGAAGCCAAGAAACCCCACGGUUCUAUCGCCACACGUUAUUCUCAUGGAACGAUCCAGCAUUUACGGCAAUAUCUAUAGCUUUUUUGUUGGAAAGAAACUGGUUGUUAUAUUAACGGGCUAUGAGGUUAUUAAGGACGCCCUGAUCAACCGAGCGGAUGUGUUUUCAGACAGACCCGAUUUCCCUAUCAUUACAAUGAUUACAAAACGAAGAGGGAUCGUUUUCGCCCCCUAUGGGUCAGUGUGGAGACAGCAACGCAAAUUCUGCCACACCACCUUGCGGAACUUCGGGCUGAGCAAACUAAACCUGGAGUCCUGCGUCCAGGAACUGGGGGUUGUCACGUCCGAGUUGCGGAAACUCAGCCGAGGGGUGGGCGGGGUCGACCUGGCUCCCCUUAUCAGCACGGCGGUGUCCAACGUGAUCUGCUCCAUCUGUUUCGGCCGCCGCUUCGAUCAUCGGGACCGUGAGUUCCGGACCAUCCUAGACCUCAUGGACAGAGGGUUGGAGAUGAUCGCCGAUCGGUCAGCUGUUCUCAUCAACAUUUUCCCCUGGCUCUACUACGCGCCUUUCGGCAUCUUCAAGGAAAUGCGAAAAGUGGAAACCGAUAUCACCGUUUUCCUGAAAGCGAUCAUUGCCCAGCACAGCUCCAGUCUGGAUCCGGACAACCCUAAAGACCUCAUCGACAUGUACCUCGUGCAGGCAGCUCGGCGGCGCGAGAAAGUCGGAGCCGAAGAAACCAGCUUUUCUGAGGACUACCUCUUCUACGUCAUCAGUGACCUUUUCGUUGCUGGAACUGACACCACUACUAACACCAUACUCUGGAUCUUUCUGUACAUGUGCAUAUACCCACAAGUGCAAGAAACGGUUCAAGCGGAGAUCGAUUCGGUGGUCGGGGCGGACAGACCGCUGUCACUGGAGGACAAGGCUAGCUUGCCGUUCACAGAAGCCACCAUCAUGGAGGUGCAGAGGAUGACUGCAGUGGUUCCCUUGGCGAUACCCCACAUGGCUUCACAGACGACCGUGUUCCGUGGCUACACCAUACCGAAAGGCACAGUGAUUCUCCCGAAUCUCUGGUCGGUCCUCCGAGACCCCAGCGUGUGGGAAGACCCAGACACCUUCAACCCCGGCCGAUUCCUCAACGAGGACGGACAGAUUCUGAGAAGAGAGUGCUUCGUUCCGUUCGGCAUGGGUAACAUCACUUCAAGCCGCAGGGUGUGCGUGGGGGAACAGCUGGCCAAGAUGGAGCUCUUUCUGAUCUUCUCCAGCCUGAUGCAGGCCUUCACCUUCAGGCUUCCCGAGGACCAGCCCCCCCCGCCGAUGCAGGGGAGGUUCGGCCUGACGCUGGCGCCGUGCCCGUACACGGUCCGCGUGACGCCGCGUCUGACCCGGUCCAGCUGAACGCUUGCCGCGCGCCUUUCAACGCAUCAGCAACCGUGAACAUGUAACUCAACGUGUGUGUGUGUGUUGGAUGAGGGUGGCAGAGUGUCAAGAGAAUAUUAGCACCUAGCAGGCUCCUGGUGCAAAACCCAGGCCGUAUACUGCAGCUGUAGCCUUCAGUGAAGUAUAAUACAUGAGAGUAGGGGUGGUUGCGAAUGACUUGGCCUACACAAAGCAGGGUUGGUUUGCACUUCAGUCCUGACCCACUGAAGAUGGAACCCUGCAGGGAAGCUAACAGGGAACAGCAAGAUGGAGGCAGCGAACCGUCACUCUGUUUCAGUGUUCGGACAUGACUGAAUGAUUAGUGUUCAGCC